GCAGCCUUCCCCCCGAGACGCACAUCGAGGUCGUUUCGGUCUGUCUCUUUCUCCGUCCGUUUGGCUUUCUUCGUCGCAAGUCAGCAGAGAUCCUCCCUCCCGUCGCCAACGCACACGACCUUUGCCUGACCGCCAUGCUCGCCCGCCAAGCCAUCCGUGUUGCCUCUCGCUCGUACGCGACCGCCUCUGCUUCCGUUCAGGUCCCCGUUGCUCUCUACGGCAUUGAGGGUCGCUACGCCACUGCUCUCUACACCGCUGCCGCCAAGAAGAAGAACCUGGACACUGUUGAGGCCGAUCUCAACCGUCUCCGCGCUAUCUUGGACAAGGAUGCCAAGCUGAAGAGCUUCCUCGAGACCCCCAUUGCCAACAACACCACCAAGCGCGAGGGUAUCAAGCAGCUCGUUUCCCAGUCCAAGUUCUCCGAGACCGUUGCCAACCUCCUGGACCUGCUUGCCGAGAACGGCCGCCUCGACCACACCUCCAAGAUCAUUGAUGGCUACGAGCAGCUCAUGACUGCCCACCGCGGCCAGGUCACCAUCACCAUCACCUCUGCCAAGGAGCUGGAUGCCAGGGUCACCAACACCAUCAAGGGCCACCUCCAGAAGAGCUCGAUCUUGAAGGCCGGCCAGAACGCCAACAUCGUCAACAAGGUCAACCCCCAGAUCCUCGGCGGUCUCAUCAUCGAGUUUGGCGACAACACCAUCGAUCUGUCCAUCUCCUCCAAGAUCACCAAGCUCAACCGCCUCUUGACCGAGACCAUCUAAGCUUUGCCGGCUCUCCCUUCCGUCUUAUCCCAUCCAUCUAAUGCGUGCGUGCAUGGGAAGCUCUGCAGCGGUUUGCUACUACUCCCUUGAGCGAUCUCUCACCUCCUACAUGUGAGCAAUAAACACAUUACCCGAAUUCGAA